AUGGCCGACAAUUCCACGUUCAAGGACUGGGCCCUCUCUCAGGGCUUCGUCCAGAAAGCGGAUCUCGACGAUUUCAGAGGCACUACCAUCGGCAUAGACGCCGAGGACUAUCUAUACACAUUACUGGCCGAGCAGCCGACACGAGAGCCUUUACUACCUGCAAUCGGAGGCGCACCCUUCGCUCUACAGCAACAUGUUGACCGGGAUUUGGAUGAGAUGGCGAGCGCCGGCAUCAAGGCAAUCUUCGUCUUCAACGGUCUAGAGCUUGGCUGCAAAGAUCGCAAAAGCAUCAGCCGAGAGUGCCAGAAAGCGUCUCGCGUUCUCGACGAAGCCUGGAAGAUAUACGAUGAAGGUCAUGGAGAUCCUGCGGUCGCGUUGUUUGGUAAGACAUGCGCAUAUCGUACCGCUCACAUCACCCGCUACCUGCACUUUUACUUGCACAAGAAAGGUCAGCAAGUCAUGGUGGCUCCGUACAAUGCCGCUGCGCAGAUGGUCGUUCUGGAACAAAAUCAGCAUGUGAAUGCUCUUCACGGGUCUGCCUCUACACUAGUGUUUGGGGUCGAAAGAGUCAUCACGAAACUGGAUUGGACCGACAGGAAAGUCCUAUUCGUGGACCGGGAGCAAAUCCUGGGCAAGCUUGGGCUGAGCCAGCCACAAUUAGUGGACCUUCUACUGCUAUCUGGAGCGAGCAUCAUAGCUGAAAUGCCAGAACUUGAUGCCGAAAACGCGAUUCCCAAGAUACAAAGCGCAAAGAACAUCCUGUCCCGCUUCGGGUUUGAUGGCCAUGCGGCCUGUGCAAACGCGAAAGAUGAGGACUAUCUGGAUACGUUUCGACGAGGCAAAGUCGCAGUCAGAAACAUGGUCGUUGCCCAGCCAAAUGGCGAGAUCAUACAGCUGGAUCAUGAGAAUGCUCCCAGCAACGACCAUGACUGUAUUGGACAGCGCCUUCCGGAAGAAUUGCUGGCCUACCAUCAAUUUGGCUUGAUCGGCAGUCGCAUUUUGAACUGGCGAACCCGGCAGGAGAUUUUUGAGACUCCUCCGCUGGACGGCGGCGACUCUGCUAUCUACAAGGAGCUUUUACGAGAGAAGCUGCAACCGCGGCGGGCAAAAGCACUGGCGAUUUUGACCAGCUCGUUGCACAGAUACUACCAAAAGCACGACGUCGAUCUAAUAUGCUGGUUCAACGAGGCCGAGAAACGACCCUUGGGCAUACCCGACAGCAACAUCAGUACCAGGGACAUUGACAACUGGCAUGUCAAGGAAGCACAGAUUCUGGCAUCGCCACACGCGAAGCAAAUCGAUGCCACGGCAACACCUCUCCAAUAUGCUAUUGCGCUCAUCUCCGACGACACUUUCGCAAAGAGUACGGUGACGCCUCGGCCGAGUGGAGACGACAAGAAGCUGACCACGCCACUCGAGCUUCUCUGCAACACCAUGUGGAGAUUCUUACAAGAGCGUGGUUACAUCAACUCAAAUCACACCCUAGCUGCUAGGGGUAGGAUGUUGCAAGCAGCCUUCGAACACGCCAGCACAAGCGGCCGUCUCGGGCAAGGCAAUCCUGCCAAUGAAAUGGAGGAAGCCAUCUUUAUUGCUUUCGAGCUACUGACGAUGGAACUACUGAACCCCAAAUUACUCUUUCCCCGACCUCCAUACACUGGAGAGCCUCAUCGAGGAUCAGAGAAGGACAAAGCCAACGUCAGACUCAUCUCACGCGUCGCAUGUCUGGGGAGCUUCCAACACCAGGCCAUCGGCUAUACUGGGCCGCUCUCCAGGCAUCUACUGGCAUACCAUCAAGUGGCUUCGGCAGUACGCGGGAGCUUGCGUGACCUCGCAGAGGUGCACGGCGCACACAUGUUCCUCAGUGGCAGCGCUGUGCGGAAGCGCCACCGGGACGAUUUCACUGAUCUCGGAUCACGCCUUCCUUUCAGCAAAGAGCCUGAUGUUGGACUGGCGAUCGUUCUGAAGAGCUAUCUCGACGAAAUGUCAAACGAUCCGAGUCGAAGACAGGACAUCAAGAAGUGGUUCGGCUUUGCUCUCGAUAUCGACGGCGAUUUACAAAAGGCAUUCGAUCUUUGGGCUGCUGUGAACGCUGGCAUUCAAGCAGCAGAUACGGCGGUGGUGAGCCCGGAGACGCGCGAUCUUUUCGCGAACGCGGAUCAGUGGUUGAAGGACAAGAUCAAGAAUAGCGGGCAUGUCAACGGCACAGCUUAA